AUGGCGAUGAGCUGGAUCCGAUCGGCUCUCAGGAGGGCCCUCAUCGCUCCGAAGCCGCGGGGCUCCCGCCAGUUUGCUGCCGCCGCCGCCGCCGCCGCCGGCGAGACGCAGACCGAGAGGGUGGCGGCGGAGAUGGUCCGCUACGCCCUCGGCGGCGCCGUGCACCGGAGCUCGCCAGAGGAGGCGAUGCGGAUACUGGAGCAAGGCGCCUCGAACCUGCAGGGCGGAGGCGAGGGCAGCGCCGAGGCUGUGGGCCUGCUCAUGCUCGCUAUGUCCACGCUGCUCUACCGGAGUGGAAGACGCCAAGAUGCAAUGGAAAAGCUCAAAGCAACCCAACAAGUUGCCCCUUCUGCAGCUUUCAGAGUUACAGCGUGGGAAGCACUAAUGGGAUUACACAUGGAGGCAGAGCAGGAGAUGUCCUACUUGAUUUCCCCAGAUGAUUCAGUUGAUCUGUCAAUCAAAGAUGAUAGCAAAUGGUCUGAUCAGGACCAUCUUAAAUUUCGGGUUAAUGCUAUCAGAGGACUUGUUGCACUCCUGAAUGGAGAAACUGAAUCAGCUGCCCAGCUGUUUGUUGAUUGGUGCAGAGACUUCUCUGGAGGCGAAAACCAAACACAAAAUGCUGCCAUUUCAUAUGGUGAAUAUUUGCAUUGUGUUGGGGAUUUUCAAAUGGCAGCACAAGUGUAUGAGAAAAUUCUUGAGGCAUUUUGCAUGGAUGAUAUGUCUGGAAGCCUUUUAGCAGCUGGAAACAUGGUUCCUGAGGAGGCUUCUCUUGGGGCCACUUGCUCAUAUGGCCAGCUUUUAUCUCACUCUGGGAAGUUUGAUGAGGCAGAGGAUUAUCUCACAAGAGCUCUACAGAAGGCUGAAGAACAAUUUGGUGCAAACCACCCAAAGGUUGGUAUUAUAUUGACCUGUAUAGCUAGAAUGUACAAGCUGAAGGCAAAAUCGGAAGGUUCUACUUCAAUUAUGGUCCAGGAGGGAUUGUACAGGAAGGCCCUAGAAGUAUUGAAAGCUCCUGCUAUUAAUUCUGAGGGUACCUGCAAGCAGGUCGAAUGGGGAGAUAUUAUCUCCCUGGCUAGAGGUGAGUACGCAGAGCUGUUAUUAAUUCAGUCUAACAGGAAGGCGGAAGGUGAACGGAUGAAGCAAUGGGCAGAAGAUGCUUGGAGGAACCGUAGGCUAACACUAGCACAAGCUCUAGAGUUUUCAGAACCUUCAAAGCCGACUCUCGUUGUUGACACCCGGAUCGGCAGGGUCGUGUAG